AUGCUUUUUGGCCUUGACUAUGCGGCGUGGUCCGUUGGGCCCCGGUUUAUGGGUGUGAAACUGGUGCCGCCGGGGCUUCAUUAUCUUUACUGCAGCGCAAGUGCUGCAGAGGACGUGGGACUUGCUCGCAGCGGCUUCUUCCUCCACUUGAGGCCCAAGGACGUGGCCGUGUUCCGCUGGGAUCCAGAGGGCGAGGAGCUCACACGACCUAGCCCCGACGAAGAACUUCGGUAUGCGGACGGUGCUCGGAGCUUCGACUUCGACCGGAACCUUGGUCCCUACCCGCUGGAGCUGCGGGAGCCCUGGGCGGAGCUCACGCGGCACGCGACGGCGGAGCUGGCCGCCAGGAUCGAGCCGGUCUCGGGCCGAGUCCGCUCCAAGCGCGCCGAGUAUGACGCCCCUCCUCAAAGCGCUGAGAACGAGGAGCAGGAUGGGGACGAGGUCAUGGCAGAUGCAAGGAAGGGAGCUACCAUCGAGUCAAACAGCUCGCUCUUCUUCUCAUCCGUCCCACGGGUGCGGAAGGGACGCACCGCUGCCGAGAUCACGCAGUUGCACAUGGACCGCACAGUGCAGCUCGAGGAAAUGCUGGAGCGGGAGUACUCGGGCAAUGAACUGGCCAUGUUGGGAGAACUGCAGCUGGCUUACAUCGCCUUCCUCCUGGGACAAAACGCCGAUGGCUUCGAUCAGUGGCGUGCUUUGUUGCAGCUGCUGUGCAGCUGCGAGGAGGCUGCUCAUCGACGAUCUGAGUUGUACGCGGAGCUGCUGAGGGCUUUCUUCGCUCAACUGAGCCAGGCACCUGCAGACCUCUUCGGAGACGACCUGACCAAGGACAACUUUCUGGGAAGCUGCACGCUGUCCCUCCUGGAGAUCUGUGAAGAGGGGCCGGCCAAGCUGCGAAAGCGCUGCGCCAAGCUCCGGCAGCUGGUAGAGGAGAAGUUUGGCCUUUCGACCCAGGACCUUGCCCUGCUCGGUGAGGAUGCCCCCGAGAUCGUGGAGGCAGGCGCGGCGCCGGCUUCAUUGCCGUCGCCCGUCUUCACGGACAUGGACUGA